GAGCCGGAUCCGGAGCCGGUAGGGAACAGGUGUGGUGACGCAGCGCUGCGGCAACAGGUGCGGGAUCGGGUCGAGCGGCGGCGGCGGCACCGGCAGCCCCAAGAUGGGCAAGAAGAAGAAAGCGGAAGAGAAAGAGUCGGAGCCCUACGGGGCACCCUCUGCGUACGACCCGAAUUUCAAUGGACCAAUCAGGAACAGGAGCUGCACCGACAUCAUCUGCUGCGCCCUCUUCAUGGUCUUCAUCCUGGGCUACAUGGUGGUGGGCAUCGUGGCCUGGCUGUACGGUGAUCCCCGCGAAGUGAUCUACCCCAGGAACUCCACCGGCAUGUACUGUGGCAUCGGGGGCAAUGAAGGGAAACCGUACGUCCUCUACUUCAACAUCCUGAAAUGUGCCUCACCCACGGGCAUCCUGACCUCAGCUCUGAAUGGACUCCAGUGUCCCACCACACAGGUGUGUGUGUCGCAAUGUCCCAGUGAAUUCUGGCUUCCAUUGCCUGGAGUUCAAGGCCUCAAAGUGUCCAGCAUCUUCCAGCAGGAAUUCUGCAACCCCAUGUUGAACCUGUCUACGACCAGCCUGAGUUCCCAGGACAUCCUGGCCAAGGAGCUGUGCCCCGCGUACACUAUCCCCAGCACCCCAUGUGAGUACCCGGGUCGCUCCUCGGGGAGGUGCGUGCCGAAACUGGAUGGCGUGGUGUUCCCAAAGAACUUCACCAUCGGCGACAACGCAGCCGGAAAUGCCACGGCAAACGCGGUGAAGGAGGCGACGGGGAACCUCUUGCAAGGAUUCAAUGCCAAGCAGGUGGGGAUGCGGAUCUUCGAGGACUUCACCAAGUCCUGGUACUGGAUAUUGAUAGGCCUAGUGAUUGCCAUGAUCGUGAGCCUGAUCUUCCUGCUGCUCCUGCGGUUCGUGGCUGGAAUCCUCAUCUGGGUCCUCAUCUUCGGUCUGAUCGCCGUCAUCGGCUACGGAAUCUGGCACUGCUACUGGGAGUAUGACACACUCAACAAAAGGGGAGCCACCAUCAAGGACGUGGGCAUCACCACCAACUUCGUUGUCUACGGGCAGGUGAAAGAAACCUGGCUGGCGGUCUUGAUCAUCCUGGCGGUGCUGGAGGCCAUCAUCAUCCUGCUGCUCAUCUUCCUGAGGAAGCGAAUCCUGAUUGGAAUAGCGCUCAUCAAGGAAGCCAGCAGGUGGGGCUGUGGGUACAUCAUGUCUUCUCUGGCCUACCCGCUGUUCACCUUCAUACUCCUGGUGAUCUGUGUCGCCUACUGGGGAAUGACGGCGCUGUAUCCUUCAUCUGCUCCAACCGUCCUGCUACCUCGCCACGUCCAGGUCAGCCUCUGUACCGGGUUGUCAAUUUGGGGCAGCAAAUCUCCCGAAUGUAUGUCUAUCCCGGGAAACGAAACAUGCACCCCCAUGACCUUCAACGUGUCGGCCUACAGCUGCGACCAGGCAAAAUGUGUCUUCUACAAGUACAACAGUGAAGGCAUCCUGCAGCGUAACCUCUUCCAGCUCCAGAUCUACAACAUCGUUGGCUUCCUGUGGUGCAUCAACUUUGUCAUCGCCCUCGGACAGUGCACGCUGGCCGGGGCCUUUGCCUCCUACUACUGGGCCUUCAAAAAGCCCCAGGACAUCCCCUACUUCCCCGUGUCCAGCGCCUUCAUGCGCACCCUCAGGUAUCACACGGGGUCCCUGGCUUUCGGAGCCCUCAUCUUGACCAUCGUCCAGGUCAUCCGUAUCAUCCUGGAGUAUCUGGACCACAAGCUGAAAAAUGUACAGAACCCACUCACCAGGUUCCUGAUGUGUUGCCUCAAGUGUUGCUUCUGGUGCCUGGAGAAGUUCAUCAAGUUCCUGAAUCGCAAUGCCUACAUCAUGAUUGCAGUCUAUGGCAAAAACUUCUGUGUUUCGGCUAAAAACGCCUUCAAGCUGCUGAUGAGGAACAUCAUCAGGGUGGUGGUCCUAGAUAAAAUGACUGACCUGCUGCUGUUCUUCGGGAAGUUGCUGGUUGUUGGGGGAGUGGGAAUUCUUGCAUUCUUCUUCUUCACCGGUCGGAUUACGAUCCCGGAUCCGACAUUCCAGGCUCCUGUACUGAACUACUAUUGGCUGCCAAUUCUGACGCUGGUGGUGGGAUCCUACAUGAUUGCCCAGGGCUUUUUCAGUGUUUAUAACAUGUGUGUCGACACACUCUUCCUCUGCUUCUUGGAAGACCUUGAGCGGAAUGAUGGCUCACCUGAUAAGCCGUACUACAUGUCCAAAUCCCUGAUGAAGAUUCUCAACAAGAAAAACAAAGAUCCCAAAAAGGAGAAAUAACCCCCCACCCCGACCCCCACCUCCCUAAGUUUUACUACUUUUGUACAGAGUGAUUGCCAGUGACUGCCCUGACUUGGGGCACAGAAGGGGGCAGGAGGUGAUCGUGGAUCAAUUAUCUGGUAGAAUCCCCUCUCAGUGACUCGGGUCCAUGUUGGAUACAACUGGUGAGAUUGAGUAAGGUGGCACAGAUGAAAAGUCUCACUUCCCAUUCACAAUCGUGUCAGUGGAAUAUUUGGAAGUGUUUGGGAGUUUCCAAAACUGGCCACUAGUAUCCACCUUACUUCUUCCCUUCCCAACGAAAUGCUUGCACCGUGACCUCCAUUGCACCUUAUUGACCAUGUUGCAGAAGAUCUGUGAUGCCUUUCUUGGCCCACCAGCUGCUUUAAUAGAGCUUCAGUGCUAAUUAUUGCUGGAUGUCCCAGCUCGAUCUCAACCAGCCCCAAACCAAAAGGGGGUAAAUUAUUGCACUAUUUGCGAAUCGUGUCUUUUAAACUGACGUUUUGUUUCUGAAAAAUGAAUGUGAUCAUAGAUGUACUGGCUUUUAAAUUUAAUGAUGCUAUUUACAUUUUUUAAGCAAUAAAAUUAUUGACAGUGACUGGGGUUCCCCACUGGGGCGAACCUCAGGAAAAUGUGUUUUUCAAACCUGCUGAACAUGUCGGAACAUUCCAAUGCUGGGGAUUCCUCAUCCCAGAUCACCAGACCUGUUGACCAUAACAGCAUUCUCACCCCUCAUUCCUACAGCUCCCAACAAACCCCCCCAUCUCAUUACCCCCUUCCUUUUAUCUCUUCUCCCACCCCUCUUGGUUCCUCUGUUUCUCUCUCCACAGAUGCUGCCUGACCUGCUGAAUGUUUCCUGGAUUUGCUCUUCUUGUUCCAGAUUUCCAACGUUUCCAACUUUUCUGAUUAUUUUCCCUCCUGGUUCACCUCAGCUCCUCCUGGCUCUCUCUGCCCCCUCCCCAUCAACCCUCUACCUCCAUUCCCUUUCUCAGCCUAUUCCCUCCCUCCCUCCUCACUUUGUCCUUCAUCCUCCUCCCCCACCCUUCCUGAAGCCACCUCUCUGACCUUCUGGCUGCCUUUGGAACCUGUCCGUGGGUCAAGCUUCUCCUGAUGGCUGUCAUUGCCACAGCAAGCUGCGAUGCGUCCAGAUAGGAUGCUCACUAUGGUGCCUCAGUAAAAAUGUGCUGAGGAUCAUCAGGGAUAUGCCAAAUAUCCUUAGCCUUCUGAGGAAGUAGAGUCACUGGUGUGCAUUCUAGACUGGAGUGUCCUUGUGGAUGGACCAGGACAAAUUGUUGGUGAUAUUUACACCUAGGAACAUGAACAGCACUGCAUCAAAUCCUCCUGGGAAAUAAAUCUUCUGGUGUAUCAAAAUCUCUGUUAUAGCCCCUCACCUCUGCCCUCUUUCCAUGGUGCUGGGAAGGCAGCACUUUGAGCACCUAAUUUCCUCAUCUUGCAACCAAGUAUCCUUGCUUUCCUUAAUCACCUUUCGGUUAGAGAAAUGUCUCUUCAAACCAAAAAAAUCCCAAGCUCCUGAAGUGACCCUCCAGGCCUCCAAUAGUUUGACUCACUGAUGGAGCAUUGUUUUACAGAGGUAAUGCACUGCACAAAACACUGACCGUUCCCUGGUCUCAUGUAUUUCACUUUUGGGAUGGUUGUUUAGAUAAAGUAAGAUAUUUAUUUAUUAGUCACAUGUACAUCAAAACACACAGUGAAAUAUGUCUUUUUGCUAGGGGCAGCCCGCAAGUGUCGCCACUCUUCCGGCGCCAACAUGGCAUGCCCACAGCUCCUAACCCGUACGUCUUUGGAACGUGAGAGGAAACCCAUGCAGUCACGUGGUGAACGUACAAACUCCAUACAGACAGCGGCCGGAAUUGACCCUGGGUCGCUGGCGCUGUUAUGCUGUGCUACUGUGCUGCCCCAGGAUAUGUUUCUAUCAUAGGAGGAGGGUUUAAUUCUCCCCUCUUCCUUCCUGUGAAAUUCAUUGCUCACUCACACACUCACUCAGACAUGAGCACAGUUCCCAGGCUAAUCUUCCUUACAGAACCUAUUUUGAAUGAAUCAAAUUUUAUGCAAACUGUUAAACUUUUACUUACUGUUUACUUUUGCCAUGAAGAGAUUGUAAUUUCAAGAUAGUAAAAACUAUAGACCAC